AGAGCCGGUGAUCGUCGCCCGCCCAGAUGGACGCCUCCUAGAGGUUCGCCUACGGUGGAAAACGGGGACAAUAAGCGAAAGACUCUCUCAAAAUCCUCAAAUAAUUCUGCUCAAUCUGAUACCAGUGAGAACGUUCGGUAUGUUAAUUAAUCUAAUUUACAGCUUUCCUGUUGUACACGCGUAAAAAUGACGAGCCUGCUGUUUAACAGGAUUGAACAAUGUUGUGCUGCCCACGUUGUUCACACUUGUCAACAAUAUUGUUGAGCCUGAAUCGGGUGUAACAAUGUUGUUCAAUAUUGUUGACAAUAGUGAACAAUGUGGGCAGCACAAUAUUGUUCAAUCCAAUUUUGCAAACAUCAGGCGUAAAAAAAAUACCUGUGGUUCCGGUUUCAUAUCGCGAAAAAAUUAGGGUCGGUAGGUCGAAAAUAGUUUUUUUUAAAUAUUUUUUUCAUGGUUUUUCUGAAUGAUUAGUGUGACAACAGACGCCAUUUUGGCAGCAGCCCGCAACCACCCGGAGAAAAUAGGGUCGCACGGUCAAUCGUGUUGAAAAAAUAAUAGGGUCGGCAGAAAAAAAUAGGGUCGGUCGGCCUCAACUACAUCAAAAUCAUUCCAGCUCACAUCUCGUUCCGGCAAAGCGGAAUCAUGUCAACAGCCCUUACGUUUCUGCAUCAAAAUGACUUUCAUCAGUUUCAUGCGUUUUAUCUCUUUGCAGAAAUCAAGUUCAUCGACGCAAAGCUCCUAAGAAGAACGCAAUAAUUUCACCGUAUAAACCACGACCAGCCACGGCUGGAAAGACAGCGCGGAGGAAACCGCUGGAACCCAGUCUGCAACACGCGCCGUAUCGUCCCCAGAGCGCUCGCUUUGAGUAUGGGAAAACGGUUAAAAAGAAUGGACUUGUGAUAGGAAUGAACUCGUCCGAUGAUGAAAUGAAUAUGAUGAACAACGAUCAAAAGUUCUUUUACAAAAGAUCUCCUAAGCCGAACGUUCCAAGAAUUCGUAGUAAGUAUUCUUCUUGAAUGCGAGAUGUUUUGUCGCUAGUUUCCCAGUUUAAUGUGUUAGAUUGAUUUAGAAAACACGGCGCGAACUGAAACAUAGAAAUUCUUCAUGCAGAACAAAAAGUUUGAAUAAUUUGUCAUCCCAGGAGUAGUAUCCUCAACAACAUUAGAUACCAUACGAUUUUAGGAUGGCGACGGCCAUGCAAAACAAACUCCUUCAAAUAAAUGGUAGUAAAGAUAGUUCGUCGUAUAUUAUCAAUCGUAUGAAUUUAAUACAGUUUUAGAAGUUGAAGACAUGGGUUUUAUGGUUGGAAAGAGUUCUGCUAAACCCAGUUUGAAGUUGCACUUGUUGUAGCUUGGAAUGCAGCCGUUGUAUCAAGACGUGAAAAUCUGUGAUUGAGCGAGGACAAUGUCUAAGUUAUUCAUAUAUUGUAAUUACUCAAUUCUUUUCAAUGAUCUAUUGUAUUGGUAGCCGUUGCCGUCCUAAAAUCGUAAGGUCUCUGUUGUCAUGCUGAAUACAUCGUUAAACUAAGAUUUUUACAUCAUUGGAGCAACGUAAAUGCUUGUUGCGACGUUGGAGGAGUUACAUAAAAUCUGUCUCAUAGCAGACACCGAAUCUUUUUUCCGAACUUAGCCGUUUGUAUAAGGUUAUUUUAAAAUGCUUCAAUUUAUUGCAGUAAUCAAAUUUCUUAGAUGUCAAUCUUGAGCUGAAAAUUAGAUCGCGUCGUCAAGUUUGCCUCGUUGAUCUUUUCUAAAUCUGUCUAUUAGCCCGAUUUAUAUUGCGUUUCGGCAACGCGAUGGGAUUUUUUCGAUGUUUGAAAGGAAAUAAAUUUGUCUAUGAAAGGAAAUUUUAAAAGCUAUGUGGACCAAGUAACUCAUAAUGUUUUUGCGUUUGUAAAUAUUUACUUACCAUCUUAUAGCUUUGACCUACCAAAUUUAUGUUUUGACCGGAGAUUGUCGGGGAGCUGGAACCGAGGCUGAUAUUAAAUUGACCUUAUUUGGCGAGUAUGGCACUUCCGGUGAACGACCGCUGCUCAAAUCAAUGAAUCAUCCACACAAGUUUCGGAGAGGACAGGUAAAUAAAUUACUUUCGUCUGCAUGGUUUAUUUCAGUCUGUGGUAAGCCUCUGACCCACCGAGAGGGAGGCUUUGCCUUUUGAACUGGGGGCACUUUGCCCCCCCCCCCAAGCAACGAAGGCUUUCGAACGCCUUCGUACAACCGACCCCAUGCAGAAUACAAUGAUUUAUAGUACAUGCAACUGUGUUUUGAUAGGUCGAUAUCUUUCCUCUUGAUUCUUUAUAUUUGGGAGAAUUACAAAACAUUCGUAUUGGACAUUCUAAAACUACACCAGGUAGGAAUGCAAUCUAACUUCGGACUUAGCAUAGAUGUACUUACAAGUUGGAGUCCAUGUUAUUAAUCGUCAUUCUAUUUGAUUCAUAUCAAUGGAAAUGAGCUCUUUCCAGCUGUAUGCUAAAACUUAUACUAUGAUAUGGAGUAUGGACCGAAUACUGUUCUUCGUUUUAUUCUUUGUCUUAAGCCUAGAUCACAAGGGCGGAUUUUCAUUUUUUUAAAGGAGGGGUAGAAAAAUUUCUGGUGGGGUGCAAGCGGCACCACUGAGAGAGCUUUGACAGGGGUUAGGCGUUAAGGUUAAAGACUUUCACACAAAAUAGGAGGGGUGAAGCAAAACUUUGGUGGGGUUGAACACUUUAUAAAUAAGAGAGGUUAGAGAGAUUCUAGGAGGGGUUUAACCCACCCACCCUAACCCCCCAGUAAAUCCGCCCAUGCUGGUCACACAAAGAUGAGAGAUGAGAGUGCACAAGAGUUGGCAGCAGUGAACUGUAAUAACACUGGAACGCUAACUGCAGAUAAACAUGCCCAUACUUACCCGAAGCCAAGAUGGCGCUUCUCGCAAGCUCAGCGAGCAAUAAAUUAACUUUCAAAAGGACUGGGGAGAGUUCGAGGAGCGGGAAAUUCAGUCAAAAGUUUGUUUUUGAGCGAAAAUCAGCAAGAAAAAGCACUUUUUUAUCGAAAGUCUUCAACUUUAAAGAUUCAAACCUGGUUUCCUGGAUAGUUCUAAGUAUUUUACAUCCACUAACAGCAAAAACUUCCCGGGUAACAGCUUGAUAUUCAAAAUAUUACACAAGUUUGAACGUGCCGAAAAAAACUUCGCACUUUGGCUCCUGAAAAAAGAACUUUAUAACUGCUCUACGUUCUGGAAACAUGUUUUGUAUUAAAUUUCAGGUAUUGUUGAAAGUUUUUAGCUUUUUUCCUUGUUGAAAUACAGCUAUUUAGUGGUCGAAAACAGACAUCUUUUAGGCGGCGUAUUUUCCACUCCAUACCUACAUGGCGGCCAUCAUGAGUGGCUUUAAAGAUGGCGGCCAAGUUAUCGUUCCAGUUCUCUUUGAGUUCACUGGUUGGCAGUCACGUGACAUUGGUUAGCUGCAAGGCCGGAUUUUGGUGGAAAUAGUGGGGGAGGUGGAAAAAAUUUAGGGGAGGUGGCAGAGGUGCAGUGGUCUAGCUCACGACCCCCAUCAUGGAAAGUUAGGGCUUAGAACGGGCCAAAGUCAACGACGUGACGUAUGCAUGUUGUGUACACAUAUGUAUCAGUGUAUUCAUGAAUUAUGGCAGUACAACUUAUCAAAUUUUGCCCUUCAUUACAAUUACUACAAAGUUUUUUUCAAAACAUCGCAUAAAAGGGUACUUGACACAGAGGUGAAUGGCUAUCACUGUUUCAAUUUUACAGAAAAGCUUUCUUACGAAGUGUAGACCCUAUUAAGCAACCAAAAAUGUCAAAUUUUCACUUUGAUCUAUCAUUGAAACUUUCCUAAGGGGAGGUGCAUGACUUUUCAGGGGAGGUGCAAAACGAUCUCAGUGGAAGUGCGCGUCUCCCCACACCUCCCCUCAAAAUCCGACCAUGGUUAGCUGUUCUUAAUGCUUUCUCAACACUAUCAUGUAUUCUAUCUAAGUUGAAACAUAGUUGGAGCACUCAACCUUUAUUUUGUUAAUCUAGAGCUUGAAGUGUCCUCAAUAACAAUGCGUGACUGCCAACUCUAGCGAACUCCCAUCCUCGUUUGACCGUUAUAUUUCCUCGUGCAGUAUUUCAGAAACAACAUGUUUGUUUGCGUAAUAUUAUAGAACAUGGCUGGUUCCUUGAAAAAGUGUACAUCAGUGAGGGCAAAGAUAGUAAUCGAGUGUUUGAAUUUCCCUGCCAAAGGCAAGUUAACUUGAUUCUUAGUUUUUAUUCCCAAACCCCCAACAUACCUGGAAGCUCUGGAGAAAUCGUAGUUUCUAUAACAUGGGAUGUUGAUGGUAUAGUAUAGUUAGUAUAUCUACAUGAUCUACAUAUACAGUAAUAUAAUUGUACACUUUUUUUGUUGUUCAUGUGAUUAUUCUUUAUAAUUACUGUAGGUGGUUUUCCUCGCAGAAAGAUGACGGCCAAAUUGUACGUGACGUUUCUGUUUCUGGACUUCUCGCAG